AUGCCAAAUAUCACCCUGUCAAACGUGGAAGGCGACUCGGUGGUGAUCCCGGAGGAGGUCGCGAGGAGGCUCUUCAACAAGUUCAGUGUCGUCGACACGUUUCUUCUCGCCGUCCGGCCGCCGAGCAGGGAUAGCAACAGCAGCGGCGGCGACGGUGAGGGGGAGGAGACGGAGGAGACCCUCUCCAGCGGCGCGGGCCGCCUGCAGGAGGAGGAGCCCCUCCGUAUCACACAGCUCCACGCGAGCCGGGAGGUGCUGCAAGUUGUCGCGCACUACGCGAUGCUCCCGAGCGACCAGCGCACGGAAAACAUCCCGAGGCCCCUGAAGCGGUGCUACGCCGAGUCCGUGAUGCCGCACGAGCUCGAGCUGGUCAAGCAAGCGGAGGAGAUGAACUACCUACGCAAUCUUUUCGAAGUCGCGUUUGAUCUUCGGUUUGAGCAGCUGCUGGCCCUCUGCGGGGCGUACACGAACGAGCGCAUUUGGGAGAUCUCGAGGGAGUCUCCCGACAUCAUGACCGCCGCGCAGCGCAUCCGUGAGUUUUUGAAGAUAGAGAACACCUGGUCCGCUGAGGAGAUGGAGAACCUGAGCAAGGAGAUGGCACUCGCUAAGAAGCUCGACCCCCAUGCAUACUAA